GGGAGGGGGGAAGGAGGGGGCAGCGUUCGCUGCUGGAUCGCUUAUCUGAGAUCUCAAAGUCCGCCUUUCGCCCUUGCGCUCUCCCCUCUCCGCGGACCUGCCAUGGAUGUUACUCCUGGAUGUGCAUUCUUCAUUAUUUUCCUUCACUUUCAGCACGCGGAUACUCUUUACAUCGCCAACAGUAUAGAUUCCCUGCAGCAUGUCCUGAGGGAGUACGGGCUAGUGAGGCCGGUGAGCGUGGAUGCAGACGGACGCUUCCUCUCCCACGCCGUCUCUGCCAGCCGGUUGAGUGGGCAGGGGUCCCACCGGCGCAGGAGGAGGCAGGCCAACCAGCAUGGAGAGGCCAAUGCGGAGACGAACUCAGAGCAGGACCACCUGAGGCACAAGGAGACACUCUUUUAUAAUGUCACUGUUUUCGGACAGGAGUUUCACCUUUGCCUCAGGCUAAAUUCCAGGCUCGUGGCCCCUGGAGCCAAAGUGGAGUGGCUUGAGGACAAUAACCAAACGCACUCUGAGCCUUUGUUGCCCAGUGACUGUCUAUAUGUGGGUUAUGUUACCAAUGUGCAAGAUACAUCAGUGGCUCUCAGCAAUUGCGAUGGCCUGGCGGGGAUGAUCCGUGCAGGUCAAGAGGAGAUUUUUAUCGAGCCACUGGAGAGAGGAGGCGACAUGACAGGAGAGGAGGAAGGAGGACCCGGGCGUCAUCACAUCGUCUACCGCUCCUCUGACAUCAAGAAGCCGGUUGUCAAUCAACCCGCUGACUUUCACCCCAGAGGUUCACCUCUGGGUCUUCAGGCUGGAUUGGAGUAUUUACCCCACCAUGUUAAGAAGAAAAUAAAGAGCAACACGCGAACACGCAGAGAGACUUAUGAAGAUGAGAUAUUUAACAUCGAGGUUCUCUUGGGAGUGGACUGCUCUGUGGUGAUGUUUCACGGCAGAGAGCACAUCCAGAAGUACCUCCUGACCCUCAUGAAUAUUGUGAAUGAGAUUUAUCAGGACAGCUCCCUGGGUGCCCAUAUUAAUGUUGUCCUGGUUAGAAUCAUGAUGCUCUGCUCCUCCAAGUCCAUGGGUUUGAUUGAGCUGGGCAACGCUUCUCAGAGUCUGGAGAAUGUCUGCCGCUGGGCCUUCCUGCAGCAAAAAGAGGACAAGAAUGAUGCAGAAUACCACGAUCAUGCCAUUUUCCUCACCAGACAAGAGUUUGGGCCCACUGGCAUGCAAGGUUAUGCUCCUGUGACAGGAAUGUGUCACCCUGUGAGAAGUUGCACUCUGAACCAUGAGGAUGGCUUCUCGUCUGCUUUUGUUGUGGCCCAUGAGACAGGACAUGUACUGGGGAUGGAGCACGACGGCCAGGCAAAUGAGUGCGGGGAUGAGGUUCCCAUGGGGAGUAUAAUGGCUCCUCUGGUUCAAGCAGCCUUCCACCGCUUUCAUUGGUCCCGAUGCAGUCAACAGGAGCUCAGGCGAUACCUCAAUACAUAUGACUGUCUGCGUGAUGAACCCUUUGAUCAUGAAUGGCCAACUCUGCCCCAGCUGCCUGGUCUGCAUUACUCUAUGAACGACCAGUGCCGCUUUGACUUCGGCAUGGGCUACAUGAUGUGCACUGCGUACAGCACCUACGAUCCUUGCAAGCAGCUGUGGUGCAGCCACCCCGAGAACCCUUUCUUCUGCAAGACCAAGAAGGGCCCUCCUAUCGAUGGGACCAAGUGUGCAACAGGAAAGCACUGUUUUAAGGGUCACUGUAUCAAGCUGACGCCAGACAUUCUUAGGCAAGAUGGCCACUGGGGUCAGUGGACCAAGUUUGGCUCCUGUUCUCGUACCUGUGGUGGUGGAGUAUGGUUCCGAACUCGAGAGUGUAAUAACCCAAUUCCGGCCAACGGGGGGCGCACUUGUUAUGGAAACAACUAUGAGUUCCAGCUCUGUAACUUGGAGGAUUGUGCAAAGGCCCUGGCUGACUUUAGAGAGGAGCAGUGCAUAAUGUGGAACCCCCACUUUGAGCAUGAGGGCACCAAACACCAUUGGUUGCCCUACGAGCACCCUGAACCUGAAGAGAGAUGUCAACUAUACUGCCAGUCAAAAGAAACUGGAGAUGUGGUAUCCAUGAAGAGAAUGGUGCAUGAUGGCACACAUUGUUCCUACAAAGACCCUUACAGCGUGUGUGUGCGUGGGGAGUGUGAGAAAGUGGGCUGUGACAAUGUAAUAGCCUCGGAACUAGAAGACGAUAAGUGUGGCGUGUGUGGAGGAGACAACUCUACCUGCAAGAUUGUCAAAGGAAAUUUCACCCGCAGCACGAGGAAACCAGGUUUUCUGAAGAUCCUGGAGAUUCCUAGAGGAGCAAGCCACAUACAGAUCCGUGAAUUCAAAGGAACUCCACAUAUUCUAGCGGUGAAGAACCAGGCCACAGAUCAUAUCUUCCUGAACGACGAGGGUGAUUUUCCUGAGUCACGUACAGUAAUUGAGAAAGGUGUGGCGUGGGAGUACACUAACAAUGACGACAUGGAGACGGUCCAGACCACCGGACCACUCAAAUAUGGAGUUCUCAUUAUGGUAAGAAAGAGCAUUAUAUCAGCCAAAAUUACCAGAAGAACUUGUAUUGUGGCGUUUUUUCUGUUUGUCUGGCUUGUAGGGAAACAGUACACACGUUUUGGAUGCCGGAGGAAGUCGGAUGGCAAAAUGGUACACCGCACACUCUGUGCCAACAUACCCAAACCUCGCGCCAUCAGUCGAGCCUGCAACCAGAAGGAGUGCUCAGAACCAAUCUGGGUGACAGGAGAAUGGGAGGAGUGCAGUAAAUCAUGUGGUAAGACUGGUUCUCAGACUCGAACUGUGCGCUGUGUGAGACCUGAACUGGACGGUUCAUACAAAGCCAUCAACGCUAAGUAUUGCAAUGAUGACCGGCCUGAAGGACGACGACCCUGUAAUCGUCACCUAUGCCCUGCACAAUGGAGAACUGGACCUUGGUCUCAGUGCUCAGUGACCUGUGGUAAUGGGACUCAGGAGCGGCAGGUCAUGUGCAGCACCCCUGAUAAUGCCAUUGGCAUCUGUAUGAACACCAAGCCUGAGAGCAUCAAAUCAUGUCUGCUGGCACCGUGUCCAAAUGACAGAGGGAACUUCCUCAUCCAGUGGCUCUCCAGAGCAGACCCCGAGUUCCCAGCGCCCAAGAUCUCCUCAAGAUCCCGCUGUAAAGGAGACAAGUCUAUGUUAUGUCGGAUGGAGGUUCUCAGUAAGUACUGCUCCAACCCGGGCUACAGGCAGAUGUGCUGCAAGUCCUGCAACGAGGGCAACUACACCUCUGAAUUCAACCUGACUAGACCCUGGAUGUACACCACUGUCACCCCUACCGUAACUCCCACUGCGACGGCUCCCGUUCGCACGACACAGCUGUACAGGACCUCACAGAAGCCCGGCACAACAAUCACACCAUCGGUCAGAAGAUGGAGAAACAUCAGCACUGAGCCCAUAUCUUGGGCCCACACAACCACUGUGAAUCCAAUAACCCUAAAACCAGGAACCACAGUCCCUUUCACCACUGGUUCUGUCACUGUGCACACUAAGCAUCCCGGCACACUCGACUACGAAGAGGAAACCAGUGCCCCCUUCUACGAGGAUGAAACCUGGAGCGACGUCUCAACCGAACACUUCUCAGAAUCCGAAUCGUCAGUGUUCAUCUCAUCGUCUGCAGAGCCUUGGCCAACAACUCCACAAUAUACAAGCACACCUGAGAAUAAAAACAUCGAGACAACUUUUCUGACAAUGCUACAGCCUAACGUUACUGCAACAACAAGCCCUCCUGCCAUAAUCAGUCUCCAUCGGUCAGAAGACAAGAAGGAGAAUAACUCCAUCGACGUGUCCUACAGGAUUGUCAAUCCGAACGAGGUCGCACUUAACCACUUUGUUCCCAGAAAGCGAGUGCCGUUCCGUGAGAAAACGCAUAAUAAAAGAAUUCAAGAGCUUCUUGCGGAGAAAAGACAACAAGACUUCCUGCUUCAAAGACUGAAACGAAAACCAGGAGACUGAUGCAUUUCCUUUUCUUUAUCCCUGUGGUAUUUUGUGAGUAUAUUUUAAGUGGUUUUACAGCCUCUACACUCUUUCUUGGCAUUUGCAAUAUUUUUUUACAGGAAAUAACCUCAGAUCUCAGUCUUUCAUGUAGUAUCUGUUCAGGGCAUCUGAUUGGAUAGAAAAAUGACCCUAGUCAUGGCUUUUUUUUUUGUGAAGAUGACAUUGUCCCAGGGAUUUACCACGUUUGGCUACUUUAAAAACACAUGGGGUAAAGCAGAGGCAUAAGAAACUGUCUGUUGUGGAGAUCUGGCAGUUUAAGCUUUGACCGGGCACGAUUUUUCCAGUCCUCUACAAUUGUUGUACAUGAUCCCAGUGAGAUUUUGUGUGAGGUCAACAGUCAGACUGUACAAUACACAUCUUAUCCACAAUUCUGAUCCCAGUGGUGCUGUUGACAGCAUAUACAAGUGGUGCAACAAGAUUUCACUCACCACCAGAACUUUUGAGGCUCAGCAUCAUUGUGAUGGGAAUAAAUCAUCUGAUGGUGCAUACACAUCACGCAAAGGCCUCAUAUUUUGCGCUACAGAAAUUGUACGAUCCUAAAAUUUGUCUCAGGUGGCAAAAUUGUACAGUUUGAACCUGACGUAAAGCAAGAUUUAAAGCAUUCAGAUGAAAGCUUGUUGAAUGAAGAGAUCCAUGAAUCAUAAUUUUUUGCCAUAUUUCUCUAAGGGAAAAGUCGUGUUGUUUGUCAUUAUCUCACUUUUAAAGGUUUAUUGACCCAGCUUAAAACCUAAUUAAAUCAGCUUGAGCUGAUCAUGUGCUGAUCAUAUAUGGUCUGGCUUGUUAGUUUUGGAUGAGUGUUGGUCAGCUGGUGAGGCUGGCAGACCAGCUAAACCAGCUGAACACAAUCUUGACCAGAAUGGAAGACCAGCUUAAACAAGACUAGCUAAAAAGCUGGUUCAAUGCGUUUUUUUUCAUCAGGAGAAUGAUGUUUCAACAUUUGGUGUAUCUUGUCCAAAGUUUUAAGUCAACUAACCUCCAUUGCAUUACAGUACAGUAUAUAUAGAGCUAACUGCCCAAGGACCC